UUUUAAUAAUCAGAGGUCAACAUGUGUUGUGGCAAAUGUCGUAACGUUUUCUUUUAAAAUAAACAAUUUGUCAUUUUAAGUUUUUCUGCAUUCCUUUAACGAUUAGUUUCGACCAUUGCUAGCAUGGUAAUGCCAGUAUUUUACUUUGAAAUCAUUUUGUCAACAGCGACUUCUAUAUCCCGUCGGUCAACAGAGUAGCAGGACAUUGCUCACGAUAAAAAAAGGUUCACAUUACUAGAAACUCCUAAUAUGCGGCGAAAUCGCAAGAGAAGAUACAGUGAAGCUUCUAGUUCUGGUGGAACAAACCGAGGGUACGGUUUUGAAGAAAGAAGGCGAAGGAGUGAAAGCGAUAAAUGGUCACACGAUUCACGAAGUUUUUCGCCCAAACGACGACGCUUAACUGAUAUGAGGGGAGGGGAGAGUGCGGAGGAGGCGGUACCCUUGGGAUACAAGGCCUUGGAGGAAAUAUGGAAAGCAGAUACAGAUGAAAAUAGGAUAUUGGAAUUAGACUUAAGAUCUGAAAGAUUCCAAGCGUUGCUAAGUUCCAAGACAGAAAUAAAUCCAGGCGUUAUGAAGCUUACGAUCUUCGUACUUCACCAGCUUUGUUGUUCCCGUGGUACACUCGAAAGUCAUGUUGAACAGUUGUUACGACUGGUGAUAGAAACCAACUUCAUGCGUUCACGACUGUCUGGUUUUAUCAGCCGAAUGCUGUCUUAUACAGGAUCGGAAUUUGACAAGUUCCAAUCAUCUGAAUUGAUCUCCAGUUUGACGGAAGUCUUUCUCUAUUUCCUGCAGAGGUUUGGACAUGAAGUAGCUCACGAAGUUCCAGUGUUUGAACUCGAAAACACCGUGUUGCAAUUAAAAGCAAAGAAGCGUUUACACGACGCAGGUGCGCUGGAAAAAAAAGUUUCCCAAGUCAAGGAAUUGCGGCAAGAAGUCAUUAAUCAAGAAGUGAUGUCUAUCUGGGAUGAGGAAGACCAUUUAGAUGUCGAGCCCCCGCACAAUUUUCGAGAACUUGGCGUUUUCCCAAAGGCUGCAGAUCUUAGCAUGACAUAUAAUCCCUUUCUUCGCGUCAAUGUUGUCGACCAGCGUGGCUACACAGAUCUGGAACAUUACUUAGAUGUUCAGUUUCGGCUUGUUCGAGAAGACUUCAUCAUACCGCUACGGGAAGCUAUCAUGGAGCUUCGGAGGGACAGCAGCGGCCUAGAAACUAGCAGUACUAGGGACAAAGAACGCGCCAAGGACGUGUACUUCUACCGUGACGUCACUGUGUUGUACCCCGUAUGUCACGCGAAGGGAAUGGUUUACAGGAUCCGGUUUGACGCAUCUCACCACAGUGUGAGGAAAGUUCCCUGGGAGAGAAGCAAGCGUUUCAAGAAUGGUUCCCUAUUGUGUCUAGCAAUGGACGACUUUUACACGCCUCUAUUCGCGACAGUCGAGAGCCGAGAUCCCAAAGAACUUUGCCUGGGCGAGCUUGAUGUGCGGUUUGAAGACGUGGAUCUCGAAACAUUGAAUGGAUUCAUCGAUUCCAAGACGAAAUUUGACAUGGUCGAAUCCAAAGCCUUCUUCGAAGCGUACAGAUACGUGUUAGAAGGCUUGAAGGAGAUAAGACCCGGAGACCUACCCUUCGAAGAGCACAUUGUGAAGGGUGAGAAAGUCAUCGGUCCUCCAGGUCACAAGUAUCAAACUAACUUCGACUACAAUAUGAGUGGUAUAGUACAAGAUGAAAUGGAUGGUAGCAGUGAAUGGCACCAGUUUGUUGAAGAUUACAGUAUUGGAGACAGAAAUUCUGCAUUUGCAGGCCACCGUAUGACCUCGGAGAGAGAAAAUUUGGUUUACAGUGACGAGGAAAACAUGUCCACAGAUAGCCAAGAUCUUGUGAAUGCUCUCGAUUUGUACUACUACCGAGACAGCUUGGGUUUCAACGAUUCACAGCUGCGAGCAUUUCAACUGGCGCUGACAAAAAAGUUUGCUGUGAUUCAAGGACCGCCAGGGACUGGGAAGACGUUCGUGGGUUUGAAAAUCGCGCGUGUUCUUUUGGAGACAGCCUCGCUCUGGGAUGAGGAGGAUGAGCGGACACCAAUCUUAAUGGUUUCUUACACGAAUCAUGCCCUGGAUCAGUUUCUGGAAGGACUUCUGCCUAUGCAAGGGAUUGUUCGUGUCGGUGGGCGGUCUAAAAGUGAAAAGCUCGAGCCCAACAUGCUCCACUUCGUUCGCGAACAAGCUCGUGAAAACAAAGAAAUUCCUGGGAGGAUUACCAGAGCAAGAACAAAGACGAACAAGAAAAUUAGAAAGCUGAAGGAAGAUGGAACUCUAGACCUGUCCAUACUUGUGAUGAGGCUUGCAAGAAGGGGAAUCCUGUCCAUUAAUCUUCUUAAAGAUUUCAUGCUAGAGCGCCACGUCCGGUGGUUUGAGAAAGAAUUUUACACACAUGAUAAACGGAACGCGAACGAUUUCUUCUGCCAAUGGCUUGGUGUAGAAAAACAGAUGGCUGCGAAGGACCUCAGGGACAGAGAUGAUUAUGAUCUUAAUAACGAAGAUUUUCAACUGCAAGUGUCGUUUCGUACCUUCGCCGAUGAAGACGAUCCUGAAGAGGAAGGUGAUUUACGCUGGGCGAGCAAGCCUUCAGAUGUGCUGAUAUGCGAAACCAACGACUCUAAAAGGCCCUCACAACUACAAAGAAACCUCCAGGCGGUGGAAGUUAUGUCUGAGGACGAAGAAAAGCGCAUAUUCUUCUUACAAGGAUUGCCGCAACAACAGCGAUGGAAGCUAUACAGGUUAUGGCUCCAGAGAGUUGAGAAAAAGUAUCUGCAACAAAUACAGGACAAACAACCCGAAUUCGAAAAAUUCCAGGCUCGCUUGAAUGAGUUGCGGGACGAGGAGGACUUGGUCGUUCUAAAAAAUGCACGUGUCAUCGGCAUGACAACCACCUGCGCCGGCAAGAGGCGCCAUAUUCUUCAGCGGAUUCGCCCCAAAAUUGUUAUCGUUGAGGAAGCCGCUGAAGUAUUCGAAGCUCACAUUAUUACUUCAUUGACACCGGGCUGUCAGCAUUUGAUUUUAAUUGGUGAUCAUCAGCAACUGAGACCUACCCCCGCAGUCUAUGAUCUAGCCAAGAAGUACAAGCUGGAUGUGUCUCUGUUUGAGCGAAUGGUGAAUAUUGGAGUUCAGUGUGAGAUGCUUAACGUACAGCAUCGUAUGAGACCUGAAAUCGCCGCCUUGAUGAAACAUAUUUAUGACGAUCUUGAGAAUCACGAGUCUGUGGAGGAAUAUGAAGAUGUCAAAGGAAUCAAGAAGAAUAUGUUCUUCAUCAACCACAAUUACAUGGAAGAGUCGUGCAAUCAGUCGCACAGCCAUGUGAAUGAACACGAAGCCAAGUUUUUAGUCGCGCUAUGUCGAUAUUUACUACAGCAAGGAUACAAAGCCGAUCAAAUUACCCUGCUGACAACCUACAUGGGACAAAUGUUUGCCAUUAGACAAUCUCUUAAGGCUGAAAACGAUCACUCCGUCAGAGGUGUUCGCGUGACGACAGUUGACAACUUUCAAGGUGAAGAAAACGACAUUAUCCUUGUGUCACUUGUGCGCAGUAACAAAGAUGAGAAAAUCGGAUUUCUGAAAAUUGUUAACCGCGCAUGCGUAGCGCUCUCUCGAGCUAAAAAAGGUUUCUACUGCAUCGGAAACUUUGAUCUUCUCUUUAAACACAGUGACAUUUGGCGGAAGAUUGUAACAGAUCUCGGAGGAAGUCGCAGAAUUGGCAGCAGCUUGCAACUGGUUUGCCAGAUUCACCACGCAGAAGUCCGCGUCAAAUUAGCCAGCGAUUUUAAGAAAAACGUUCCUAACGGAGGGUGCCAGCGUGAAUGCAAAGUGCGGUUGGAGUGCGGUCAUACAUGUAAACAGCUCUGUCAUCCUGACGAUGUCGAACAUGAGAAGUACAAAUGUGCUGUCCCAUGCCGUAAAACCAUCAAAGGUUGCUCUCACAAGUGCUCCAAGCUUUGUUUCGAAGCGUGUGAAACGAAAUGUCCGGUUCCGGUGCGGAAAAUGCUACCACUUUGUGGGCACAUUAGUACCAUGAAGUGCGGCCAAGAUGUGAAAAAGGUGAAGUGCAGGGAAAAGUGUGAAAAUUAUCUUCCAAAGUGCGCUCAUCAGUGUCAAAACUUAUGUGGAGAACAAUGUACGAAAAAGUGCGAAAAACGCGUAAAGAGACGGGAUUGGCCGUGCGGACAUGAUGUGACAGUUGCGUGUUCUGCUAAGCCAGACGAAUGCCCAUUCCGUUGCUCAUCCAUAUUGGAAUGCGGUCACCAGUGUUCUGGAACGUGUGGAGAAUGUCGAAUGGGACGAAUUCACAAGCGGUGCAACAAAAGAUGUGAUCGUCUGUUAGUGUGUUUCCACGAGUGUAAAGAUUCUUGCAUCCCAGCGUGUCCGCCUUGUUCAAGGCCAUGUGAAAACCAUUGCGUGCACAACUACUGCGCAAGAGAGUGUGGUCAGCUGUGCGUGCCCUGUAGUGAAGAAUGCACGUGGGAAUGUCCACAUCACAAGUGCUAUAAUCAGUGCGGAGAGUUCUGCAACAGGCCAAGGUGUAACGUACCCUGCAACAAAAUCAUAAAAUGUGGAAGACGCCGCCAUAUCUGCCGUGGUUUAUGUGGAGAGCAGUGUAUCUGUGCCUUAUGUGACACUAAUGACGGCUCUCGCAUUACAGAUAUUUUCUUUGGUGACGAAGACCAAGGCGAUGCAAGUUUCAUCAAACUAUCAGACUGUGGACACAUAUUUGAAGUAACUGGACUUGACAAGUACAUGGAUGACGAUGAAAAUCGCGCAAUUAAACUCAAGUCCUGUCCUCGUUGUCUUACCCCCAUCCGUACGAGCCUGCGAUAUAGCAACGUUAUUAAACAGCAGCUAUACGACAUAGAGAAAGUGAAGAUAAGUACGCACGGUCAUCCGAACGAGAUGACACACACCAAGCAGAAAUUGCAAGAACGUCUCACAGACCUAAAAACGAGUUUUUACGGUGACCUCGAGAUGCAGGAGUGGAGGAAACUGGAGCGCAGUGUGGACAAAAUCACCAGAGGAACAGUGGCGGCAGUAACAGAAAAUCAGCUGAUGUUUAUGGAGAAGUUUUGUGUCAUGAGACACAAGUUAGAUCAGUGUCUUCCCCGCCAUGCACUGCGAAACCUGAGCGCUGACAUCUUUUUGACAGCUGUGCAGAAGGAAUUGGAAUAUUUGAAGAAUCGCUUCAUGUCUAAAGGAGUCACAGAGAGGGAACUGCGUGAUAUCAGAGUUGAAUUCAGUCGACAAAACCUCCAACUUGAGUUGUGUUUGUUGAGGCACAAUACCACGAGCCUGAGUAUGAAUCUUAAGAGGAAUUACCGCGAAACUAUGACGUCGAUACAAGAUGAAUUGUCCAGCGGUAGAGUUGUGAAGGAAGAGAGACUUGAUAUGCUCCUGGGAAAGUUGGGUGCUAUCAGGCGGGCCUACCCUGCUCUCUCGCCGUUGACCCCUGAAGAAAAAACUCAGAUCGUAACAGCCAUGAACUUCAAAACAGGUCAUUGGUUCAAAUGUCCCAAUGGCCAUGCCUAUGUUGUCGGUGAGUGCGGUGGCCCCAUACACAGAACCACGUGCCCUGAUUGCGGAGCUGUGAUUGGAGGAUCAAAUCACAGACUGGAGGAAGGAAACAAAUUGGCGUGUGAGAUGGAUGGUGCGAGGCGCAAGGCAUGUAAACAUUGUUAAUGGAACAAUGAACUUUUUUUUUGUUUCAACUCCACUGCAGUCCUUGAGAAGGUCUGCUAAUGCCUUGACUAACGAGGUGCAGAACCAAAAAUAAUUUGUGGCGAUAGGCGCUAAGGCAGAAAUUUGUUUUCUUGCUGCGCUCCUUGUAGGUAUCAGUUAUCUAUCUUUAAAAUAGUCUUAUAGUAGAGGUAUAGCGGGCUAACUGGUGGUUUGCCACAUCUGUUUCUAAAAUUUGUUCUAUUGAAUUGUUACCAGCAAUUAAAAAGCUGCUUCUUCUGGGGUUUUGGGUGACGUGCACGAUACUGGUUGCGUCCUCCGCUGCUUUGUAACAUAGCUAGCAAGCCUUUGGUUGUAAUCAAUGUGUUUUACUCAAGUGUUAUUUACCAAAACUCUGUUGCUUGCCGUUCGUAACCCCUUGAAAUUUUUUUAUUGUGGGCAUGAGGAAGCAAUUGAUUUACCAGGAGGAAAAUUGGGGGUAUUUGUUAAAAGACUAGAUUUAUUCUGAAGUAAGUUAAAAAGUGCGAAAUAAAGGAACAUGAACCAAAACAGGGAUAGAACCGAACAGAACUAAUACAUAAACGGUAGAUCACGUGUCAUAGAUAAUUCAUGAACAGCAUAAAUUAUCAUAUGUAAUUCUAACAGUAUUAACUUAGCAGAAGUGUACUUUUAAUGCCUUUUUUUAAAGUAACACUAAACACACGCCAACAGAAUGAAUUUGAAUCGAUUGUCGAAAGUAAACCGGGAUUUCUUUGUUUUUGCUUUUCUUCGCAUUUUUGAGCGGUCCUGAAAACUGGCUUCACUCUCUCAACCAAUCAGAUGCAAAGCUAAACCCGAUCAUGACAGUGUCGCCCGCGUUUUUCCGCGCUUUAGUUAGUUUUGCUCUCAUUGGCUCUUUAAGGUAUUUUCCUUUUUCUGAUUGGUCGUUGUGAGUACAAAGUUUUGGAUUUACGACAUUUGAUUAAAAGGUGCUCUGUAGACAGCUCGUAAUAAAGGAAUCGUUCAAAUGAGAUGCCCCCAUAAACUCUAGGUCUGGGGGGAUCGGGGUGUGUUUCUCGAAAGUAUCGUUAAUAUUUUAAAGUCUUAGCUGAAAAUCUUGUACAAUAUGUUUCGUUUUCUGAAAUUAUCUUUGUUUGAUUUGCAAAACUAUGAGUACCACAUUCUUGUUUGUUGACACGUAAACAAAUAAUAACAGCAACGGGAAAAAAAAAACUUAUAGAGGUUUUGCACAGCAGCCAUGUUGGAUGGCAGGAACAAUAUAUUAAUUUUCC